UCCAUCGUGAAGGUUUCUGGGAAGGUUGCAAACGUCCUUGUCCUACCAAGCGCACACCGCCUUCACACUAGGGCUUGGGGAUCCCUGUCAUUCAACUGUACUUGAAUAAAAAGCUGUUUUCAAACAUGAUGGCAGCAAGGUUUCUCCGCCGCGCUCUGCCUGUGCUGAGGCAGGCUCGCUCCUACGCCGAGGCCGGCCCUGGUGGUCCGCAGAUGUCCUUUACUUUCGCCUCCCCGUCACAGGUGUUUUUCAGUGAGGCUAGUGUGAAACAGGUUGAUGUGCCCACACUAACUGGGGUAUUCGGCAUCCUCCCUGCUCACGUGCCCACCCUGCAGGUCCUCAGGCCCGGUGUUGUCACAGUCUUCAGUGACGAUGGCUCCUCUGUCAAAUACUUUGUUAGCAGUGGCUCCGUGACAGUCAAUUCUGACUCUUCAGUGCAGCUGUUAGCUGAGGAGGCCGUUCCCCUGGACCAGCUCGACGUUGCAGCUGCUAAGGCCAACCUGGAGAAGGCCCAGAAUGACCUGAACAGUGUAUCUGAUGAGCUGGCCAGGGCAGAAGUUCAGAUCAGCAUAGAGGCUAAUGAAGCCAUCGUUAAGGCUCUGGAGUAAACUCGUGGUAAUCUUUUCUGUUUCUUCAAUGGGAAUUGAUUGUCCAUCUGUCCACCCCAGUCCUGUUUGUGUCCAGAAGGUUCCAUUCUUACUUUGUACAGUGGAUGAAAUUAAAAAUAAAUUUAUUUGGAAUUACCAUG